AUGGUGAAAGUAUAUUUGAAAUAUGUCCAACAGGACAUGUUUGGAGUGAUAGCGAGCACAUUGUCAUUGUUUGAUCAAAGUGCAAAGAUGUGUAUAACAGGUUGUGGCGAGCGCAUUGGAGUGUGGAACCUAAAGAGAGCAGCAUUAGAGAGAUGGCUAUUCGAUGAAGAUUGUACAUCAGAGGUGUCAUGUUUGGCAUUGUCACGCGACGCAUCAUUGCUGGCCGCCGGACACACCGACGGUUCGAUCCGUCUGUGGAACCUCAAGUCGGCCACGAUGCUGUCUGUGUUCAAUGGACAUCGCGGCGCCAUCAGCUGUCUGGAGUUCAACUCGCUCGGCUCGAUGCUGGUGUCGGGCUCGCGCGAUACCGAGGCUAUCGUCUGGGACAUCAUCACAGAGAGUGGUCUGUACCGUCUGCGUGGACAUCGCGACAUGGUCACAGGCGCCAAGCUGCUCGAGAAGACCAACCAUCUGGUCACGUCAUCAAAGGACGGUCUGAUCAAGAUCUGGGAGCUAGAGACACAGCACUGCAUACAGACGAUCGUUGGCCAUCGUAACCCUGUGUGGGCCAUCGAUGUCAACCCGAGCGAGACCCGACUCGUCUCGGUCACAAGCGACAACCUUAUAAGAUGUUGGCGAUUGGAUCAUUCAAAUGACAACACUAGCAACAGAUACAAGUAUACAGUUAAUCAACCUAUCAACGCGGCAGUCAACACAUUGGAUGACGACGACUCCAAUGGCAAUGGCAACGGUAAUGGUGUGGCCAAGGAGAUCAAGGACGAGGAGGACAUUGAGGAUCAGUCGUCAGAGAUUGAGGUGGCCAAGUUCUACGGAACUAUUCCAUGCAAGGGAGAGUCAUACAAUGGUAUCAAGUUCGACCCAACCAAUCGCGUCCUCAUGGCCCAGUCCAACGGCAAGUUCCUGGACCUGUUCAAGAUCACCUCCACCAAAACUUACUCUACUGCAGAUGUUAAUGUACUUGAUGAGUAUAGCCACACAGAGACGGUCAAGACAUCGUCAAAGAUCAGAGGCUUCUCUUUUGGAAGCGAGAAGCAUUGGAACAUGUAUAUAGUGUCAUUGAUGGGUAACUCUGUUCAGGCUUAUGAGAUCAAGGACGAGGGUUCAGAGGUCACAGCCACACUUGACGCCGCAGGUCAUCGUGCAGACGUCCGUGCACUAUCACUGAGCACCAACGACGCACUGUUGGCAUCAACCUCAUCUGACUCGGUCAAGAUCUGGAACGUCAAGACGUUGAACUGCAUCAGAACCUUUGCAUGCGAGUAUGGUCUGUGCUGCCUGUUUGUGCCGGGCAACCUGCACAUUGUCGUCGGCACCAAGACUGGCACACUCGAGGUGUUUGAGCUGGCCAGCGCCGAGCACGUCGCAUCGAUCCAAGCACACUCUGGCGCCAUCUGGUCGCUGGCCCUUACACCAGACCUGCGCGGCGUCGUCUCGGGCGGCAGCGACAAGACCGUCAAGUUUUGGAACUUUGAGCUGCACGCCGUCAAGGACAACCCCAAGGCCAAGCGCCUCACGCUCAAGGAGUCGCAGACACUACAAUGCGAGGCCGACGUGAUGUGCGUGCGCUUCAGCAAGGACAACCGCUUCCUGGCCGUCUCACUGCUGGACAACACCGUCAAGAUAUUCCACAGCGACACGCUCCGUUUCCAUCUUUCCCUGUACGGCCACAAGCUGCCAGUGAUGUCCAUGGACAUCAGCGACGACUCGACGCUCAUCAUUACCGGCUCUGCCGACAAGAAUAUCAAGAUCUGGGGUCUGGACUAUGGUGACUGCCACAAGUCCCUGUUUGCACACGACGACUCCAUCAUGCAGCUGGCGUUCAUACCCAAGACACAUCAUUUCAUCUCAACUUCCAAAGACAAGCGCAUCAAGUACUGGGACGCCGACAAGUUUGAGCACAUUCAGACGGUACAGGCGCAUCACGGCGAGGUCUGGGCGCUGGCCAUGGGAUCGGUUGGCACAUUCUUCCUCACAGGCUCACACGAUCGCUCGAUCCGUGUGUUCAAGCAGACUACCGAGCCGGUGUUUGUUGAGUCCGAGAAGCAGGCCACUCUGGAGAAGGAGUGGGAGACCACACUGGAGGACGAGACACCACGUAUGCGUACCAAGGAGAUGCUGGAGGAGCAUGCCUCGGCCAACAAGAAGACGCUCGAGACGAUCAUCGCCGGAGAGGCCAUCAUGGAUGCGCUGUCACUGGCCGAGAUUGAGCGCGGCAGAAUGGCCGAACACGACGCAGCACUGAGCAAGGACAUUGACGUUGGCGAGUUCACGCCCAACAUCCUGUUGUUUGGUAUGGCCCACAGCGAGUAUUUGUGGACCAGGGUGGCCAAGGUGCGCGCCAGUGAGUUGGAGGAGGCGCUGCUCGUCCUCCCCUACUCGACGCUCAAGCCUCUGUUCACAUACUUUUGCGAGUGGCUGGAUCAUGGCAAGAACACCGAGCUGAUCAGCAAGUGUCUGUUCUUCCUGGUGCAGACGCAUCACAAUCAGCUGUCAACUGAGGUGGAGAUGGUACCACUGCUGAAGCGAUUGAACGAUGGCAUCAAGGUGCGACUUCAACACUCAAAGGACACAAUUGGAUUCAAUCGUUCGGCCAUGUCAUAUCUGCGCAAGGAUAUUCAAGCCAAUCAAUCUUAUUCAUUCUUUGAAGGUGUUCCAACGUCUUCUUCCUCGACAACUUCUACAUCAACGACCAAGACCAAAGAGAGCAAGAUACAAUCCGAAUCAUAUCUACUCAACAACAACAACAACAAGUCAAAUGGUAACAAGAAGACA